GCCCCAGCUCUGGAAGUGUUCCAGGCCAGGUUGGAUAAGUGGGAUAGCGGGAGUCAUCCCCGCCCAUGGUGGAGGGGUUGGGACCAGAUGAUCCUUAAGGUCCCUUCCAACCCCUGUGAUUCUGGAUCUCUGGCCUUUCCCGUGUGUUUCUGAACCCUGACCUGUGGCCUUGUUUCCUCUGUGGUUCCCAGUACAGCGCCGUGGACAGCAACCCCCUGUCCCUGUACGUGAUGCAUCCCUUCUGGAACACCAUCGUCAAGAUCUUCCCCACCUGGCUGGCCCCAAACUUGAUCACCUUCUCUGGCUUCCUGCUCCUUGUGUUCAACUUCUUCCUCAUGGCAUACUUCGACCCGGACUUCUACGCCUCUGCUCCUGACCACCAGCACGUUCCCGACGGAGUGUGGAUCGUUGUGGGGCUCCUCAACUUCAUGGCCUACACGUUAGAUGGAGUUGACGGGAAGCAGGCGCGCAGGACCAACUCCAGCACCCCCCUGGGGGAGCUCUUCGACCACGGGCUGGACAGCUGGGCCUGCGUGUACUUCGUGGUGACCGUCUACUCCACCUUCGGCCGCGGCUCCACCGGCGUCAGCGUCUUCGUCCUCUACCUCCUGCUCUGGGUGGUCUUGUUCUCCUUCAUCCUCUCCCACUGGGAGAAGUACAACACGGGCAUUCUGUUCCUGCCCUGGGGAUAUGACAUCAGCCAGGUGGUGAGUGCCCAGCCAGCCCCUGGGUUGGGAUGUGCCCACCUGCCACGGG